ACUUAAAAAUUCUGUUCGUUUCCUCUUGACUUGAAUAAAAAAGAAGAUUAAAAAAAAAUCCUAAAUAUUGUAUGAUUCAUCGAUGAAUCUGUUGUAAUUUGCACGUACGAGAAGUGUACAGCUAAAAAUUAUUGCAAUUUGAUCAAUCAAAAAAAUAAUCAGGAAUCAAAUGUAAUACCAUUAGACUGUCUUCUGUAAUGUUAAUUAUACUCGUCCAAAGUAUGCUUAUUGCAUAUGAUUACAAUAUUUCAAUGAAACUUUGAACAUUGUUUAGGUUAGCUAAACAGGUUAGCUCAGAGCAAAAGCUAAUCGGCUAAUCCUUACAAGGCUGGCACUUAUUCUGUUUUUCAUUGAAUUUUCGCAUGUUGCACAUUGCGAUAAUUAGACCGCACAUAAUAUGACGAUUCUUUGGAAAUUGUUAACUAAUCCUAGUGUCCUACGAAAACUAGGAUGCUGUGGAAUUGGCGGAUCACAGAAGUACCUGUUUGGCUCCUGCCUGACAAGGCAGACCACCAGAUUUUCAAGGAAAGGCCGUGUAUUUAUCGGAUUGAGACACUGCUCGACCAAUGCUAUCAGGUCCGACACGUCUGUGCCUGUAAUACACGCAGUUAAGGCGAAGAAACGCUCGGAGUUGAGGACUUUAAUUUUACUGGCCGCCCCCGAGAAGUGGACCCUAAUGAAGGCCAUUGCCUUAUUGCUCGUGUCGUCCAGCGUAACGAUGGCAGUCCCGUUCUGCUUUGGCAAAGUGAUAGAUGUUGUCAAUACCGUGGAAAAAACUGGCAUGAAAGAAAAUCUUAAUCAGCUAACACUUGCUCUCUUUGUAGUUUUUCUCAUAGGCGGUGUGAGCAAUUUUGGCAGAGUUUACCUAAUGUCCACGGCAGGACACCGAAUCACACAGUCUCUCAGGAAACAGGCGUAUGCUGCUAUCCUAGAAAGUACGGGAGAAUUAGUCGGGAGAUUGAGCGGAGAUACACAACUUAUUAGCUCUGCCGUGACGUCCAAUGUAUCAGAUGGUUUGCGCUCCGCUAUUAUGGCUAUAACAGGAGUAUCCAUGAUGUUUUACGUAUCACCAUCAUUAGCUUUACUCGGUUUGGCUAUAGUACCACCUGUCGCAGUUUUUGGCGCUAUUUGGGGACGUGUUUUGAAAAAAGUGUCUAAGGAUCUUCAAAGCAGUAUUGCAGUGGUCAAUGCAACUGCGGAGGAAAGAAUCGGCAAUAUAAGAACUGUCAAGGCGUUCGCGCAAGAAAAACGCGAGAUUGACAGAUAUAGCGCUAAAUUACAAGACGUUCUAAAACUAUGUUACAAGGAGAGUUUAUAUAGAGGAAUGUUUUUCGGUAUGACCGGUCUCUCUGGGAACAUUAUUGCUCUUUCAGUUCUUUACAAUGGAAUAUUUAUGGUAUCAAAUGCCGAUAUAACAAUUGGAAGUUUAAGCGCCUUUUUAUUAUAUGCCGGUUACGUGGGUAUCUCUCUCAAUGGAUUAUCUAAGGCAUAUAGCGAGUUAAAUAAAGCUCUAGGUGCUAAUGCUCGUCUGUUUGAGUUAAUCGAUCGACAACCGCUUAUUCCCAUUCAAGGCGGGCAAAUUUUAGGAAAAGAAUUAUCAGGCAAUGUGACGUUCCAAAAUGUUUUUUUCGCAUAUCCAACGCGAGAAAAAAUGCCCGUGUUGAAAGGUUUUAAUUUAAACAUAGAGAAAUGUUCUAUGACGGCUAUUGUUGGUUCCUCGGGUUCCGGUAAAUCUACCGUCGCGUCACUUUUACUAAGAUUGUACGAUCCUACAAAAGGGUUGAUACUUUUGGAUAAUCACAACCUUCGUCUGCUUGAUUCCGCGUGGUUGAAGUCUCAGAUCAGCAUUGUAUCUCAGGAGCCAAUUCUUUUCAGUUGCUCAAUAAGGGAUAAUAUAUUGUAUGGAAUGGAAUCUGCGACAGAUUUUGAUGUAGAAGAGGCUGCAAGACAGGCGCAUGUAUUGCAGUUUGCAGAAAAAAUGACUGAUAGAUUAGACACAAUAGUCGGGGAAAGGGGUAUUGCCCUUAGUGGUGGACAACGUCAAAGAGUUGCUAUUGCCAGAGCAUUAAUAAAGGUAACAAAAAUUUUAAUAUUGGAUGAAGCGACCAGUGCCUUAGAUGCAGAAAGUGAAUAUUUCGUUCAAGAAGCUGUAGAACGUGCAAUCCGUGGAAGGACAGUGAUAACAAUUGCCCACAGACUUAGUACAAUAAAGAACGCUGAUAAAAUCGUGGUACUUGAUGGAGGACAAGUGGCGGAAACCGGCACUUACGUCGAAUUAAUGAAUCUGAAGCAUGGCCUUUUCAAAAAAUUAGUGAAACAUCAAACAUUCGCAUAGAUGUACAGAACAAAUCGUUAAAUAUAACAAUAAUUUACUGUUUCAUUAUAACGCUGUUUUUAUGGUUAAUGUAUUAUAUGUAUAUACAUAUGUAUAUUUAUUCUAUCUUUUAAAUAUCCAAAAUUAUGUAAAAAGUUCCGCACAUUAUUGGUACAUUUCUUGAUAGGAAUAUGUAUUAUCUAAUUGGAAUAAAAAAUAGAAGAAUGAAAUAUUAUAUCUAGUGCUAUAUAUUUAUUGCUGAAUGUUAUAGAAAGAUACGUAACAUAUCAUUCACGAAAAUAGUUGCACAGACACAGCGAGGUAUAAUUAUUACAUUGUGGCGAGAAUACAAUACUCUCCGAUCGUUCAUACCUGUAUUAUUUCCUACUUCUUUUAAAAUAUUUUUCUUUUAAUAAGGUCAGGUACAUACACAACUACGAAUAAAAGAUAGAAAAUUGACAAUCUCUCAUUUUUAUAUAUUUUUUUUAUAAAAUAAUAUACAGCUAUUUUUUUAGAUAUCCACAUUCGUAUAUUAUGUGUUAUUAAUCUAUAUUAAUUCUUAAAUUAAUAUCCCAUUCCUACAAUAUUCUAAUAACGUUUCAGUAGAACCGUAUCGAAUCCGCUUGAGAACAUUUUGUGCAAAUACAUAUAACAGUAAGCGAUUCGACAUAAUGCUAAUGGGUCCUAAUUUGUGGCUCGAUUUUAAUAAGGUCAAUUUUAUUGGUUUGCAAUGGGCCGCUUUAAGAUUUUUUUCACUCAGAUUUAUUAUAUAACCAUAUAUAUAUAUAACCAUAUAGAUUGAAUUUGAACGUUCUGUCAAAAUAUAGGAAACUGAAGAAACCAGCAUGCUAAUGUCUGAUCACAAAGAGCUAGCCAUAAGCUCACAGAACAUAGCUUGCUCUACUAGAGAGUCUUUUUCUCUUUUAUACAUAGCAAGCAGUUGUAACAAAAGGAAUUACUUGCCUACUAUAAUGAUAGUAGAAACUAAUAAACGAUACAUUCAAAAUAUAAUUGAUCUCGAAUAAGCAGUUUUAAUAAACAGCUCGAAAUAAUAGUGUUUUCGUGUCUUCAAAUGCUGCUAUAUAUUGUAAAAAAAGUUUCGUAAGGAACAUAUUUAUGAUUGAUCUCGAACGUAUUCUCGGAAUUAAUUGGUUCCUUUGGCAUAUAUGUCUCCAGAUUUAAUCAGAACUUAGUAUAAGGCUGUGAUUACGAAUGAAACUGUUUCAUUCACCUCGAUUGUGAAAAUGUUACGCGAAUAUGUACUCAUAUUAUCAUCAUUAUUUAAAAAUUUAUUCAUUAGGUUACUUGUCCAAUAUGCAAUAUACACAAUAGUUAUAGGCACAACCUUAUUCUAAGCAGAUAUCCGUGGUAUUUGUAUAAAUCUGUAUUGAAAUGUUUACCAAAUUUGACUUCUAUACAAGCGGUUUUACAGUAUUACAAUUCUUUUUAGGAGUAGGCAGUGUUCUUUUUCCCUCCAAGAGUUAUAGAAAAUUCAUUUCGAUAGAUCUCUUUAUAAGUAAAUAUCGGAACUUAUUCAGUCUAAUGAUAAAUCCGAAAUAAAUAAAGCAGCAAUUAAUAUUUAAGUUAAGAUGAUAAAGAAUUUUCAUUGAGCAUUACCUAACGUUUGCUCACAAUUUAAAUCUCUCAUGAUUCUCAUAAUAAUUACCGAUUAUGAAAAUUAUAUAUAUUUAUCGCGUUCACAAGCAUGUCUCAUCUUUGUGAGAAUCUGGCAUUCGAUUUUUUAUAAAUUAAAUUUUUCAAUUAAAAAAUGUU